ACACAACAAUUGCGGCUUGAUGGAGGCGAUAUACUGUUCUGUUUAGAAUGUAUGGUGAUAAUCUUUUGGCUUUCCACGGGAAAUACGACAAGUUUGAAGGCGUUUGAGGCUCGCCGGUAAUAAUUCAUGAAUAUUCGCAUCGUCUUCUAACGCGUUUCCUUCAACAGAAGGCCAGAAAAGGCAAAACGAGGGACUGAAAUUCUGUCGGAAUGCAUGACACCGAAAAUUUUAAGAAAAACAUUCACGAAGAUUAUGACAUCGAAGAAGAACUGGGAAGGUAUGUUGUCGUUUGAAAAUAUCGUUAAAGAAGAGGCCAAUUGUGUGGCUAAAUGUUUAUCCAUUCAAAUUUUGCCAAAACAGCCACGAUUUUGCUAUUCUCGCGACAGAUUGAAAGUGGUCGCCGUGUGCGAGUCAGGCGCGCACCGGCCAUUUGUAGACGGCCUUGGCUAUUUUAUAUACUUCGCAAUAAAUAUGUUGCGGCGAUUUAUUUAAAACGACUUCUUGUUUGUUUUUUAAAGCGGCCAGUUCGCCGUAGUCCGUAAGAUUGUCGAGAAAGAGACGGGCGAUGAAUUUGCAGCGAAAUAUGUACGUAAAAAGCGAACGAAGGCAAGUCGUAAUGGCAUGAGCCGCGAAGAUAUAAAAAGAGAGAUUGAAAUUCUACGUAUGGUGGACAGCGAAAAAAUUAUAAAGGUUCACGAUGUCUAUGAGACUGAUAAAGAAGUGAUAUUAGUUAUGGAAUUGUGAGUACAGGAUUAUUAUUUUAACGCAUUUUAAAGAUAUCUUAUUUUGUCUAAGCAUAUGACAGUAUUUCACCCUUGCAACAGAACACCAACUCGCUUGCUAAUCAAAUCAGAAAAUGUAGCAAUAAAGUACAUUUUGUACCCGUGAAAAUGUGUACAAAACCCGCCCCAAAGUGCGCAAUUCAAAGCCUGAACUGUUACAUUUUAUACCCUAGGCUUCGAGGUGGUGAACUGUUUGAUUAUAUUUCAAAAAAAGACUUUCUAACUGAGGAGGAAGCAAUAGAUUUCACGAGACAGAUUUUACAAGGCUUGCAGCAUCUUCACAGCCGCAGUGUAGUGCAUUUGGACCUGAAGGUAAAUGGUUUAAUGUUACACUCAAUUAAUACGACAAUACUGUUGUCCCUAAAAUAGAUUGAGUUGAAAUCUGGACAGAUAUAUUGUAUUUCUUAUUAAAUCUAUUUUAAUAUAACCGCAUUACGAUAUUUUGAUCAAGUUAUAAAGUAAUUCUGUUGUCAUUAAUGUCUGCACCGGCUAUUUGUGUUGUCAACUGAUCUACAAUAAUCUAGCGUGAUUUUUUGUGGCUUAUACAUAGGUGAAUAUAAACCUAUUAUAUGUAUUCUUUGCCAAAAGACAAAAUGCAUUUAAUGUGUUGGUGUUACAAUAAAAAACUACAACUCUUUGUCACAUCAUGUAAAUAUGUUCACUUGCAUAUAUAAUGAGUUGUAUACUUGCGAUUUUUAAGUGCUUUUCCAGAUCAGAUACAGAACCCAAAUAUGAGCUCUGUACCGGUGUAAAGUAUAAAAUUUACCACAAUUCGCUCGAUACCCAAAAAUGGUUUCAUAAAUACAAAUGCAGGAAUGACCAAAUCCGUCGAAGCAGUCUUCAAGAAGAGACAGACGACCUGUCAUAUCGUUUGUUCUUCAAUUAUAAUGUUAAUUUUAGAGGAGAAUUUAGAACGUUGUAAUAAAUCAAUUUAGGUGUAUAAGCACAAUUGUUCUUGUGUGUUGCAAUUGUAAAUAUGAACUUUUUGUUUUCAAGAAGGAUAUAUGAAAUUGUUUUCUUAUUUAAAACCCGUGUUUCCCAAUCAGAUGCAUAUUAGCACUAAAAAUAGUACACUUGUUGAAAAACGUUUAAGGAACGCUUGAGUUUUUGUGACUUCGCUGAAAUACAAUUUAUGUCACCUCUGUCUUGCAACAAAAUAAGGGCGGUAUUAAAUCGCUACGCUUUUAACUCCAUGGGCAUGAUACAGCCACAUAAAUGUACAUCAUUUUACAGCGCUGUUGUACCGAAUUGUGCAUUUCUUGAGGCAAUUGUUCCACCGUAUAAGAUUUAGAAAAAUAAUAUUUUCCGUGCGGGAUAAUUGUGAAUAAGCCCGGCUUUCCUGUUUUGUUUUCCUGCCUUGUUUUCCUGCCUUGUCUCCAAAAAGACAUGCGACAUUCAAAGCAAUAAAUUUACAGCGUAUUUCGUUGCAUGAGCAUUUUUAAAAGGCUAGACAAGCCUGCCUCCCUGUUUGCAAUAAAGGUGACAGUAUUCUUUCUCCGCAGCGUGUGAUUGUCGCGUGUGGAGCGCGUUUGCCUUUAACCUAUAUUAUAGCUGCUUAUGGUUUUUAACAGCCUGCUUGUGAAAUAUUAGCAGCAUUUCGACGUGGUUUAGCAAAGCGAUUAUUAAAUCACACCGCUCGCUGAUUUUUGGCCAAAUUUAGCCACUCUUGUGCUGUAGUGUUGACACAUGCGUGGAUGAUAAAAGACAAGCCAUCAUGCGGAAUGUGGCCAGACCCCUCGUUGAUCUAAAUACAAACAAUUUGUCAGCUUGCCUUUGUCUGAUUAUAGCAAUGCACAAAACGUGGGCUAGGGUUUUUUUGUGCAACAUUGUCUGCAUGUUAUGCGCUGGCAUUUCUGCUAUGGGUACAUCAUGAAGGGAGUAGUUUCCAGUUUGACUCUACGCCAUGCAUGUGUAUUUCCUCUUUCUGCAGGUGACAAAAAAUCAUCUGCAAUUAGACCUGCUUGCGAAACCAGCAGCCGGAGCAGGUUCCCAACUGCAUAUUUUGCAAGUUACAACCAAGGACCAGGCCACCGGGGGGGGGGGGACGUUUUUCAUUAAUUGGGCCUGAAGAACAUAACUCAGAGCUCGACGGCUUGAUAAAUAAAAUUUUGCCACAGAGCAGACACAAAGUUUGAAAAUAGAAAGAGAAUGUUAUAGAAAAGAGAUGCAGGCCUAUUAAAUCUGGUCGGUAAACAUUGCAAAACGAUAUUGGGAAAAAUUGAAAAUUUGGGCUAUAACUAGCGUGCACAAGAGCAUAUGACCCAGGUUUACAGAUAGCUGCAGUCACAUGCAACAUGGUUUAUACCUCAGAUCCCAACAUUCAACACCCAUGCUCUGUGUAAUGCUGCAAGUUUACCGAAGCUAGGAAGCCGUGGAGUGACACUAUUUUCAAAAGUCUAAGUGUAGGAUAGACGAUGAUCACAUGUGAUCAGUGUGAUAUAGAUUCUCGAGAAAUAGUUUGGAACUCCGAUGCCAUAGGAAUGGUCCAAAAUCUAAUAAGAACAAAUUUCCUAUACAUAGGAACUCCUAUCGUAUAGGGAUUUGGGCCAAAAUCAAUAGGAAUUCCAAUAGGAUUUUUUCAUUGGGAUUAAUUUGACCACUAAAACAUAAAUUAUUUAAUCAAAUUUUUUAAUGUCAAAACUCAAAUUAAGCAAGAUUGAUUUAUGAAUUUCAUUUUAAUUUGGGAUACUUGCUGUAUGUGCGUUGCUGAUAACCUUACUAAGUAUUAAAAAACAAUCAAGGUGUGUUUGUAUUUAGUCUAGCAGAAACAUGAGAUGAUCUGUCUUAAAUAUAUCACACACAGUGUUCUGGCUUGAUGUGCUUAAUAUGAUAUAUAUGUUUGUAUUUCUGCUAAUUGUAGAAGGUUAAGGUCUUUUGUUUCAAAACAUAGUUCUAUCGAGUGGGAUGUGCAAAAUUUGGCUAAUUAAUUAAACUGAUGUAAAAGUAACUAAAACUGUGUCUAAAUAAUAACUGAGAUCAUUAUUAACCCUUUAAAUUAAGUGGCAAUGCACCCUACUUUGUACGAUUUCACUCUGUCUAACACCAGACGAUUUUACUGCCAAGAUUUUGCUGGGCUACAGGGACCGCGGAGCCCGUUUAAAAGUGGGGGGGGGGGCAGGAUAGCACGGGAGCUAUGCCACGCAGACAGGCUGGAUUUUAUCCGGUAAUUUUUUUAUCCACCGAAAAAAGUGGGGGAUGGCCCCCCAGUUCCGCAGACCCUGGGACCCCCUGUCCUGCGGUCCCUGGGCUAAAAAGCAUGUUUUAUUGUUUAGCCCGAAAAUAUUUUGUUAAAAAAUACGAGAAGGAAAACCAUCAAACUGGUGGAUUUUGGUCUCGCUCGAGUUGUGAAUGAAAACGAACAAGUUCGAGAGAUCAUGGGGACUCCUGAAUUUGUUGGUAAGAUGUGGAGCAUGAAUUAUUAUUUAAAUUUGAUAAAUGGCAUAUUUUAACUUUCUGAAAAAGAUAGGAUGAGACUUGGCAGUCAUGCAACCUGGUUAGCUGUUCUUAAUGCUUUUUCAACACUAUCAUGUAUUCUAUUUAAGCUGAAACAUGGCUGGUUUUGUUAAUCUAGAGCUUGAAAUAUCACCAGUAACAAUUUGUAAGUGCCAACUCUCUCUUAAUUUCUUAACUUCUUGGAGAGCCUCUCGACCUUCCCUGUGACUACACGACUCGUCAUAAUCUUUUUUCAGGUAGUUUUAAUACACUGCAGUGAUGCCACCUGACAAUAGACUACUACAGUACAUUAGGCCUAACAAAAAUAUCCUGUGCUUAAUUCUACCUUCUUGUUUCUGCCAAUCUUAAUGUACGUGUUUUUUUAUGUUGUUGUUUUUACUAUGAAAGUUGGUCAAAUAAUUGGUAGUGUCCCAGAUGUUUUGUCCAGGAUUGUAGACCAGUACAUUGUAUUUCAAAUGGUAUAACUUUACCACUGCCUACUUUUACCAGAUAAAGUUUAUUUAAAUUCUUGUUUUCUAGCUCCUGAAGUAUUGAAUUUUGAUACAAUUAGCACUGCCACUGAUAUGUGGUAAGUUUAAAUUAUUUUUUCUUAAAAUUAAUACUUUGGAAUCCAAUAAAUGUUGUUAUCAUUUACUCAAAAUUAAACUCUUCUUUUUAGGGCCUUGGGAGUUAUUGCUUAUAUUUUGUAAGUAUUAAUUAAACAGCAUCUAGUGGUAUUUCCGCUGUUUUCUGUUCAUUUUUAAUCGCUCCAUUAUACUAGUGAAAGCAUCACCUGACAAAGAUAAACCAAUCAUUUGGGUUUAAUCAAAACAAAGUGUAUCAGAAUAUAUCAAUACGGACACAGAGGAAGUACAUACAGAGAUCUCACUUCAGGUUAAUUUCGCGUAAGGGAUUUUUUCAGUCCGCCAUGUUCUUAGCAAGUGCCCUAAAGAGAGGCAGUCACCCCCCUGAAAACAUACCCAGCUAUUUCGGUAAAAAAGCGCCUUACGGUUUUGUAAUGGAAGUUACACUUCUGUAUGUCUUUUUUCUGUGAUACGGAUCUGCAGUUAUUCUAAUUGCUGCCAACCAAUUGAGGGUGAACCCUAAAUGUUUUCCAAGACAUAACGUGGCAAGUAGACGUCAGUUUUAGACAAGGACUGACGUACAAUAUCCAUAUCAAUCAGAUUAUCACAACACGGAAACACUUUGGCAUGUUUAUGUAUGACUGGCUGGUUAUCUGCACGUUCAGCAACUUCAGGUUCACGUUUCGUGUGAGUAAUGUCUAAUGACUAAUGUCCAUGUAGGAAUAACUCAGUCUUCUUAAACGUUCACAGCUUGUACAGGAAAAACCAUCAAGUUCUGCUAUUAGUUUUUCAAAGAGUCCUAAAAUAUUCGUAUACAUAUUUCAAUGCAUGAUUUUGCUGCGUCAAUGCCAAUGGAGAUUGUAGUGUUGACUGAUACAGUUUCAUUUAGUAUCAUAAAUACGUGAUGCGUGGGUGUUCGGUGUCGUGUUUAUCCCACAUAAGAAUAAUUCGUGAACAUUUUAGCCAAUUAAUUCACUUUCAGUGACCUUGCUACAACCAGUAAAAUAACGCGUAAAACUGACUGACAGAGCUGUCCUUUAGAUAAAAUUACUUUGACUCUUUGAGUUGAGUUUCCUCCUGUAGCAACACGGGGCAGAAAUUGCAUCGCCCUUACUUGAUCCCUGGGGAGAACAGUUUAAACUGAUAGAACUAUCCAGUAUAAAUAAAGUUAGUUUAGGUAAGGUUUCCUCCUGUGGUAACACUAGUUCAAUGACAAUGAGCGAUUUAGCCAUAAGUGGACACUGAGAACAUUGAGCUUCUUUAGAAGCACAUUACAGACUACUAUAAGUUGCAUUAUUCGAUGUACAAAUGUAUUUUUAAGGUUAAGCGGAGCUUCUCCAUUUCUCGGUGAAGACAACCAAGAGACUUUUACCAACAUUAUUCAAGUGGACUAUCAGUUUGACGAGGAAUAUUUCGCAGAGAUCAGCGACGAAGCAAAAGACUUUAUUCGAAAGCUGCUUGUAAAAAAUCCAAGGUAUGUAGUAAGACUUAACGGAUCAACAAUUGAACGUCAGCUUUUACAUAAUUUUGGGAUUAUGGCAGAGAAAAUGUACAGUGCUGAUGAACAAUGUUGUCGUUCGUUAGUGCCACUGGCGAAGCCAGCCCAACAAUUUGGUCAUGCGAUACAAACUUUAAAUUAUCAUUCAUUCCUUUAGAAAUUGUUUUCACGGUCUAUGAACACGGAUAUUUACAUAGCAUGACCAAAUUAUCGGCCUGACUUCGCCACUGGUUAUAUUAGUGCAUAUGCCUUCCCAUCUGCAACAGUAGUUCUGCAAUCUGCAACAUACAGUGUUUGACUAUAAUAUGGUGUCUCAGUCAAUGUUGUCUCAGAACAAUAGAUCGAGAGGUUAAGAUCUGACUUCCACUACCGCUACCUCUUACUGGCUUAGUCCGCAUCCGAUUGGUUAAUCGGAUAUAUGAAACGCAUCUGACAACAUUCUGAAUGGUUAAUAGUCCCUUGAAGUCUAAUCUGAACCUCUCUAUUGCAUCCAGUUUGACUCAACUAUUAGACACCACACUAGAUACAUCGGAUCUGUAGAGGAAACAGAGCCAUCCAAUGUUACAGUAAUCGGUUGUGGCAGAUAACAUUAUGACCUCAGUCGAUGUUCUUUAAUUCUUUGUUGCAGAAAACGACCCACUGCUCACGACUGUUCCCGACAUACUUGGGUGGAAGAGGAGGUUAGUCACAUAUCUGAAGUUAACCCCAGUUAUCCUUAUUGCUUCCUAUUUUAUCAUUUUACUUUGUCUAAUACCAUCAUGUAUAUUUAGGUUGUUGAUAAGAAAAAGAAACAAAGAAGACGAACCACCCAAAUUUGUACUUUCAACUUCAAGAGAUUUGUUGCCAGAAAGAGAUGGAAGGUAUAAGGAAAGAUUCCUUAUCACUUAUGUUUUGUUUGACAAAAUACAAUCUGAAUCACGUGAAAAUGAAGAAAUAAAUUACUUAUUUUAUAAUCAUUCUUUCAUUUUACUGUUUUUCAUUGUAUUCCGAUUUUUGUCUUUGUCCUAACCAAAAACUAUAAUUCCAUGUUUCCUAGUGAUGUUUAGUUUUUAAGAAAAACUUUCUUCAACCUUAAUAAUUUUUGUCUCUUCCAGAUGUCUUAUAACAAAAUCCGUGCAAUGAAUUUGAUUGCAAAGAUGGGCAUUAAACCUCCGCCAGGCUUCAUAACUGCGAUCCCGCCAAUGACCGAUAACAACAAAGAAACCAACAAUGAGCCUGAGGUAUGCAAAUGGUUUUGUUGAACGUCUGUGUUUGCGAUCGAUUAGUAUCUUGCUUUGCAUGAAAUUUCAUCAUUGUCCAACAGUGUCCAACAGACCAAUAUGUUGAGUGAUGUUGAACAAAUGUUGGGGGAGUGUGUUCAAUGAUCACGCGUAGGGACGUCGGUGGCGCAGUCAAACUAGUUAGUUUGGAUGACUUUUAAUUCGCUUCCCUCCCCACAGCCACCUACUCUAUUAACACAGCCACCUACUCAAAAUAAUUCUGAAAGCUCUGAUCGACACUUUGUUUCUUAUUUUUCCCAGCCCGCGGAAGAAAAGCCGCCAAACUCACAUAAAGACCACAAGAAGAAAGAGUCGACAAUCCACCGUAAAAAACAUAAACAAUCUAGUUCUCCGAAAACAGCAGUCGAGAAGACCGACUCUCUUACUCUCAAGACAAUGGACAUUGAUAUUGGUGAAGGAGAGAGUGCGGAGCCUGAGCCCGAGCUUGUCGAUGACAACGAGACGGACGACAAAGUCGAACUCAGUCCUGCGGUCCAGGAGCCUGUCGAUUACGGCUCGAUGACAAAACGGGAAAAACGACGCGCCCGCGGACAGUUGAGAACGGACGAAAUCGCGAAAUCCAAAAAGGAAGUCGAUGCAAAGCAGACGAAAAUCGAGACUGAUGAAGUCAUUAAUGGUGACGUAGCCGCUGACCAAGUCUUUAAUAAUGGCGGCAAAGAAGCCACUGACCAAGUCGUUAAUGGUGGCGAAAAAGCCACUGACCAAGUCGUUAAUGGUGGCGAAAAAGCCACUGACCAAGUCGUUAAUAAUGGCGAAGAAGCCGCUGACCAAGUCGUUAAUGGUGGCGAAGGAGCCGCUGACCAAGUCGUUAGUGGUGUCAAGGAAGCCGCGAUGGUUGUGGAAGAAACCGCGCCUGCUGAUGAGAAGCCAGUGGAGACUAAAACUGUGACAAGCACGAUGCACAUUGAACACAAGCCUCAAAGUGGCGGCAUUUUGAAAAAAGGAGGUAGAGGGGGUCGUAUACCAAGCACAGAAGACCAUUAUUUUGUUACACUCAAUGCAGCGUUGCUUCAACAAGAUGAUACAUUUUACCAUUCUGGUCUGCAACCAACACGUAAGCAUGGUCAUGGUAUACUCAAACACAGUGCAUCGACGCCUCCCGACGUCACUACGAAAGAUUCCGAAGAGAAGAGUGCACCGAAAGGUUCCGGAUAUGUUCGAAAACGUUCCGAAGAUGUACCGAAAAGCACCGAAGAUGUUCCAAAGCCUUCUGAAAAUAAGAAAGUUUCGCAAUUCACGACCGUAGUUCAAGUUAACAGUGGGGGAAACGCCCCACAAGACGAUAAACCAGGAAGUGGCGUUCUUGUCGGUUUACAAGUAGACAAAGCAGUUGCGCAUGCGCCUGACAAGGAGACUGCUAACGAGAUGAAACCGGAAGUGCCAAAGACGGAGGUCAAACCAAGUCAUCACAAUUCUGACUCAAAAAAAGCACCUCAAGUCAAAGAAGCAACACAUAAGAGCGCACUUCAGACCAAAGAGGCAACCCCACCUCCAAAGAGACCCCUCACGAAUACCGACAACCCCCCACAACAGCGAAGUUUCACCCCACCUCCCUGGCAACGAAAAUCUAGCAGGGAAAACUUGAAAGCGACUCCCCCGCCUAUACAUGGUGUUUCCAAAGUCUCGUUGAAAGCAAACCGCUUUGUCUCGAACGACAAGCAGCCUAGCCCGAAGUCACCGACCAACGCAGGUUCCGUGAAAACCUCUAACGUUCUUGGAAAAAGCAAACUUUUUCAGAAAGAAACAAAUAAACCGGAUAUCAAGAAAACUGCAGCCACAAAAACGAACUCGGGACAAGAACUCAAAAACGUUGCUUGUGAUAUUAAUUUGGAUGACACGCCUGCAAAAAAUGGCGCAGUUGAGAUUCAUGAGUCCAAAGCACGUGCCGAUAGUCAGUCGAAAGGGCGUUCCGAUAGUCAGUCGAAAGUUGGGUCUGAUAUUGAGUCGAAACUGCGGUCUAAUAGUCAAUUGAAAGUGCUCUCGAAUGGUCAAACAAAACCCCGUUCCGAUAGUCAAUCGAAGACGCGUUCAGGCAGCGUGAAAACGGAUAACAUAAAAAAUAAGAACAAUAGCGAAGACAAUAACAAAGGGAGCAAAAUUAGUGCCAACGACUCCAGGUCUCGUUCUAACAGCGCACAGAAGGUAGAAGCGAAAGUUUUAAACGGCGAGAAUGCUAAGAAAUCGAUAAAUAAUGCGGUGCAAAGUUCUGUCGAAAUUCCUGGCGGGAAUGAAGAGCAAGAGGCUGGGACGGAGGUUAACGAGGAACUAACAAGUUUGUCAACUCACAGUUUGACCGAGUUUACGAUCAGGCCGCGUGGAAAUUCUGGCGAGGAGAAGGCAGGCGAGGAGAAGGCAGGCGGGUUUGACAUUAUGCUUACUAUUGCCCCGCCAACUGAUCAGCCCACGCAAGAACCACGCGCGGUGUCCACGAUGAAAACACGAUUCACGUCGUCAUCUUCGUCACUCCCGGACCCACGCUCUGGACUUUCGAACGGAAAGCUGACGUCAUUGAGUACCAAUGAUAUGACGUCACUUAGUCGCGAACCAGUGACGUCACCAACCACUGACCGACACGGUGUGGCGCAAGGAUCGAAAUACACCCCUCAAAGGGACUUUUCGAAGUAUUUAAACAAUGAGCCAUCAAAACCCAUUAAAGUCACCGGAAUACCGGCAAAUACCCAGAAACCCUCAUGGCAAGUGAAGCGAAAUAGCUCUCCUGCGACCGUAAUCACCCCUGCUAAAACCAUUAAUAACCCUAAAAGCCCCACCACACCCACAGUGCGACCGCUCUCAUUUGCUGCCAAAAGUGCUGCAGCAAAAGUAUCGGUCGCAUAUGUACCAAGAAGAUCGUUUGGAUUCACGACAAAAACCGGCAAUCAAUCGGAAAUGGUCGCGAAACCUUCGGAACCCGAGGAAGCCCCGAAAUUAAAUAACAACGAUGAAUCGAAACGUUGGUCCCAGACAUCUUACACUAGCGAUCGGUCAGCCAGCUCUGCUUCGUCAGAUGAACUGUCGCUUAGCAACGUCACCGAUGAAAACACCGCAUUGAACCGCGCGGGCUCAAACGAACAAAUUAGUAAAAAUCCUGAAAUUUGUCGAAAAAUUGAAAAUCAUUCGGGAAAACUGAGUCCAAACGCCAGUCCAGUUUUGCAAAAGAAAUGGAAGGCAACUCUUGUUCUUCCGAAAGAAUCCGAGAAAGUGCCUUCGGGUAAAGAUCGGGACAUUCGGAUCUCGUCGACAAAUGCUCCUCGCAAGAAUAAAUUCACAAAUGUCCGGUCAAUGUGGGAAAAAAAAUAGGAUUUAGAAUUUAAAAUCUUUAAAAUGUGUGUUGAGAAUGAAUUGAUUUCGUGUGAUAACGAACAAAGUUUGUAAAAUAUUUAGAAAUUUAAUUUAGCGAAAAAAGUCGCAUAUACAUAUAUAAAUAUAUAUAAAUAUCGUAUUUUUAUAUGAACUGUUAUGAAAAGAUAUUUUGCACUAUUAUAAUUUAUAUUAAAUGUAGGAAGCACUGACCACCUCGCUAAAUUCACUUGAUGGACAAAUAUUCAUUUAAAUAUCUCUUGAACUAAGAGACUAUAGUCUUUUCUGUGAAUGUAUUUUUUUUUAGUAGAAAUUUUUGGGCUGACAAUUAGAUUAUUUGCAAAGUUUUUAUUUAUGAAAAUACGAAUGGUA